UAUUUUUAUUUAUUUGCGACAAUCAUCUAACAGCGAAUUCUCAAGCUCGUGUUUCUCAAAAUCCUAAGGAAUUAGCAGGUGGGAUUAACACUAAUGCGUUAUAGAUAUUGAACCACGUGCACACUGUUCCGAUUGCAGGCAGGCUCCCAUUAAUCCUUGGGUCGGGUCUUUGCUCAAAGCUGCCGCCGGUGUUGUUUCCACUGUAAAUUAGCGCAUUGAUAUCUCAUAAUGGCUUCCUUGACUGGUCAAUUUCUCGGUGAGGUUCGCGGCUUCCUUAAAUACCGAAAUGGGGAUCAAUUACGACAAUGGCUACAAGUAGAACCGCCCGUGCCAGAUCAUUACCAUAAGCUCUCGCAAGAGCUGCGCAACGUCGCCUCCAUCGAGAAGAUGGUCGAGCAGCAUCUGCCAGAGGAAGAUGACGUGCCAGCGGACCAGGGUACAGCUUGGCGGGGCUUUAUUGUUUUCAUGGACGAUUAUCUGAAGUAUUGGAGAGACGUGGACUUUGAGGAUCUUCUAGGCGCUCAUGAUCUGCUCAUGGGAUUGACAAACUCUUGCACAACGGCACUCAACAAUCCCACUUAUGGAACAAUAAUGCUACAGACCAGUGUAGCGCUUUGCGGCUCCCUGUCCAAGCUGUCCAUGACACUUAACAAGCGGCCUGAUCUGACUAGGAAGCUUCAGACAAUCGACACCAGUGGUGGCGAGGAAGAACAGAAGUCCAUUAUCGACAAGGCCGCAGAGGUGAUGCAAAGGGUCUUCACUGCUUGCUUAGCGGAUAGGACAAGUGACCAAUUUUCCAAACCGGAAGGCAAAAAGGUUGGCGUCUAUACAUUUGCUAACGUAACGUUGAAGCUGCUUUUUGCUUGUCGUAAAACUCAUCUUGCAAAGACCAUCUUCAUGAAUAUCACAGCAAAGUCACCGCCCUUGUCAUUCUAUCCAGCUGCUCAACGCGUCACCUAUCUUUACUAUCUCGGCCGCUUCCACUUUAUCAACAACCACUUUAGUCAUGCCGCACAAUGCCUGGAGCAAGCUUACCUCCAAACACCUUCCACAUUUCAAAAUCAUCGUAGGCUCAUUCUUACGUACCUGAUACCAAGCAAAAUGCUGCUUGGCUACCUACCGUCCAUAAAUAUUCUUCAGCGACCGGAAGCCGCGACUCUAUCACCAAUAUUUUCACAACUCGCACUGGCCAUUCGGACGGGGAACUAUAUCUUGCUCCAAUCAACAAUUGCAUCGAACGAGAAGUGGCUAUUUCGAAAAGGUCUCCUUUUGACCCUCACAUUCCGGUUGAAGCCUUUGGUAUGGCGGUCCUUAUCGCGCCGCACAUUCCUUCUGACCUACGUGGCAACACCGAUGGACCCAAGCAAGCCAGCCAACAAAGCAGCAACACUGGACCUGGCACACCUGCUCGUCACAUCUACCUACAUACAGAAACGUCUCGAAGGCUAUCUGCCGGCAGAAAUGCCAUCGCGAGCACGACCACCACACGUCAACGCCAUGUUUAUGAAUACUGUGACAAAGAAAGCGAAGUCCGGGGUGGAAAACAGCACACUUGUGGCGCCGCCGGGUGGGCCAAAGAAACUGCGACCCAACGAUGGCUUGGUUUGGGGGAACAUGGCGGUCACAGCGGAGCAUGUAGAGGAUGUAGUGGCAUCACUUGUCUCGCAAAGUCUCCUGCAUGGCUAUGUAGCGCACGCACAGGGGCGCUUUGCGAUCAUGGGCGCGGCGAAGAAGGGUAGUCCCGUCGCGGCUGGAUGGCCAACUGUGGCUGAGGUGAUAGGGAUGGGGGAUGGCGAUGUACCCGGUUGGGUGAAGGGAUGAUCAAGUCUGGUGCCUGGGAGUAUAGAGGGUGACGCGAGAUCUUGUCGAAAAUAGAUCUCAGACACGCUGGUUUGCGGACUGAUAUCCAAAUUUAUCGUGCUUUCUAUAUCCACCAAGGUCACAGAAGUGUAGAGCGCUAGAUGUCUUCUUAUUUAUGCCAUGUUCAACAGAACAUGGCCGACGAGCUUGUUGACCGAGUUUAGGUCGUCAAAAGAAGAAGUGAAGAGCUGUAAAAGUUAUAUUUAGAAGAAUCCACCUAUGCCUCACUUUGCAAGGAUUUUCCGCCCCACCCCCUAGGAACCACAGGUCCCACGCUAAAAGAAGUAAUCGUCUCGUCUCGUCUUGAGUCUUGAUCAUGUCGUACUUAAGUAUAUAGUGCUCGCUAAGUCGAUGCUACUGCUUCACCUGUUUGUUUCC